UCUCGCUUCAGCUCAAAAUUGAUGGGUUAGACUUCAGAGAUACAGAGACUGAGUGAGAGGAACUGGAAGAGUUCAAGUGAGACGAGGAGAAGUUUUUCAGUUGGCUAUGGAGGUCUCCAUUACUGAAGAAGUUGCUCCAUUAAUUGCAGAGAGAUCAAGUGUGAUAGAAGGUGUAGUAAAUUACAACGGAGAGAAAGUAAUAAAUAGAUCAAAAUAUGGUGGAUGGAAAUCAGCUUCAUUUAUAAUUGGUGUUGAAAUUGCUGAAAGAUUUGCUUACUAUGGAAUUGCUUGUAAUCUAAUAACAUAUCUAACUGGCCCACUUCAUCAAUCAACUGCUGUUGCUGCUGAGAAUAUCAAUAUUUGGUCUGGUUUUUGUUCAAUGCUUCCUUUACUUGGUGCUUUUGUUGCUGAUUCAGUUGUUGGUCGCUUUCGCACUAUUCUUGUUUCUUCUCUUCUCUACGUCCUGGGACUUGGGUUGUUAACUUUAUCAGCGAUUCUACCAUCUUUAAGGCCACCAGAUUGCAAAACCACUCAAGAAAGCGACACUCCAUGUGCUUCUCCAACUGCAUUACAGAUUACAUUUUUCUUCUCGUCUUUGUAUUUAGUUGCUAUUGCUCAAGGUGGGCAUAAACCAUGUGUCCAAGCAUUCGGAGCUGAUCAAUUUGAUGAACGGCAUCCACAGGAAUGUAAAUCCAAGAGUUCAUUUUUCAAUUGGUGGUACUUCGGAUUAUGUGGGGGUACUGCAAUUUCACUCUUGAUUGUUACCUACAUUCAGGAAAAUUUAAGUUGGGCUCUUGGUUUUGGCAUUCCGUGUAUUUCCAUGGCUAUUGCUCUCAUUGUUUUCUUGCUUGGAACCAAAACUUAUCGCUAUAGUUAUUUAGAAGAUAAGAAAAAUCCAAUUUUGCGAAUAAGUCAAGUUUUGGUUGCCUCUGCGAAGAAUUGGAGAGCUAAUAUUCCAUCUGUUGAUUCCUCGAAGGACGAAGAAGAAAGCGAGAAGACGUCUUCUCGUGUAGGUGCUCACCAAUUCAAGUUUCUCGACAAAGCACUGAUUUUAGUUCCAGUUGAUGGGAGUCGAUGUGAAGACCAGAUUGUAUGCACUAUUAGUCAGGUAGAAGACACAAAGGUUGUCUUGCGACUGGUUCCCGUAUGGGCAACAUGUUUAAUAUAUGCAGUUGUAUUUGCACAAUCCUCAACGUUCUUCACCAAGCAAGGUAGUACCAUGGACAGAUCAAUUGGAGCAAGCUUCCAAAUACCUGCAGCAACACUUCAAGUAGUUAUUAGCAUAUCCAUUGUCAUCCUCAUUCCUUUCUAUGACCGUGUCUUUGUUCCAGUAGCUAGAUCACUCACAGGCAAGCCCUCUGGUAUAACAAUGCUGCAAAGAAUUGGUUCUGGGUUGUUCUUGUCAAUUAUCUCCAUGGUACUGGCAGCAAUAGUUGAGAAAAAAAGGAUUCAAACUGCUCUAGACUUUGGGUUAAUCGAUAACCCGAAAGCAACAAUUCCUAUGAGUGUUUGGUGGUUGGCUCCUCAGUAUAUUUUCUUUGGGCUUUCUGAUGUCUUCACAAUGAUUGGUCUCCAAGAAUUUUUCUACGAUCAGGUCCCAGAUGGAUUGAGGAGUGUAGGUCUCUCCUUUUACUUGAGCAUCUUCGGCGUCGGGAGCUUCCUUAGUAGCUUCCUCAUUUCUAUCAUCGAGAAGAUAACUAGUGCUGGGGGUAAUCAGGAAAGUUGGUUUUCCAACAACUUAAAUCGAGCACAUCUCGACUAUUUCUAUUGGCUUCUUGCUGGACUCAGCGGACUAGAGUUGGCUAUUUAUAUUUAUUUUUCAAAAUAUUAUCUGUAUAAGAAAGCAGCUUCAUUAUGAAGGACCUAACUCAAGUACAAGCAGAAGGCUAAAAAGAUAGGCAGACCAGCUAAGCUAAGAGCUAGGUUCAGGAUGUGACUGCAAACUCGUGAGCAACUGGCUCCCGCACUAGGAAGAACCCCCUCGUCUUCGUUUUCCCUUUUAUGCAACAAGAGUGAGGCUUUUUCCUUUGCCUAUUAGGAGUAUGCUUGCCACUAAGUAGCAGCGUUGUCAAUUCUUUCUGGUAAUUUUAUUUACAAAUUUUUUGCUUAGUUAUUUGUAGAUAAGCAUGUAAAAAAGGCUAGAACCUCUCAUAAUUCAGACUCUUGUGAGGGAGACUGAAGAACAGGCUCAUUUGCCCCAUUAUUGAUAAUAGAAGGAAUAAAGUUCAAUGAUUGAUUACUAGCCGUCAA